AUGGCUGAGUCUCCCACAGCUGAGCAGUGGGAAUUGGUUCUUAACACCACAGUGCAGACAAGUACAAAAUCAAGUUUAGAUCUUCCAGGUGAGGCACAUCGAAAAAUUGUCUUACCCAACUGGACAGAGAUUCUCUCUCUGGUCGUUGCCCUGGUCGGGCUGGUGGGGAACAGCAUCGUCCUGUGGCUGCUGGCCUUCCGCACCCAGAGGAGCCCCUUCUCUGUCUACAUCCUCAACCUGGCCGCUGCCGACGCCCUCUUCCUUGGCAGCUUCUUUGGACUCCACAUGUGGAGAAUUCUGGGAGAUUUAAAGCCUCUCAUCCUGAAGCUGCUAUUGUUCUGCAUCCUAAGGCUGUCUUACUGUGUGGGUCUGAGCUUGCUGGCUGCAAUCAGCACGGAGCGCUGUCUCUCUGUGCUCUUCCCCAUCUGGUACAGAUGUCACCGGCCCAAGCACAUGUCUGCAGCUGUGUGCGCCAUCCUAUGGGCUCUGCUGGGCUUGUUCAGUGCAGCAUUUAUGGCUCUUCGUUUCUCCUCUAUGUUCUUCGUCCUGUUCGUGUGGUUCUCCCUCCUGACCUGUGUGCUGUGUGUGUCCAGCCUGACGCUGGUGCUGAGGGUCCAGUGCAGCUCCCAGCACAGGCAGCCUCCCAGGCUCUACCUCCUGGUGCUGCUCACAGUCCUCGUGUUCCUGCUCUGCGGGCUGCCCUUGGGGGUUAUUGAAGGAGUUUGGAUUUUUAGACGCUUCCCUUUAAUGUUUUCUGAGGUCCCCAGUCUCCUGGCCUGUGUGAGCAGCAGCGCAAACCCUUUCAUUUACUUCUUCCUGGGCAGCCAAUGGCAUAGAAGAGGGAGGGAGCCACUCAGGGUGGUCCUGCAGAGGGCCCUGGGGGAGGAGCAGGUGGGAGGGGAUGGGGGGAGGGACACUUCCCACCCCAACACUCUGCAUGAAUUAUCCUGA